CAGAGUGCACGCGAAUACGGAAUGGAAGAAGCACCGGGGGGUAGUUCUGAGGCCAGGGCUGCCGAGAGCCGCGGUUUCUUCGUUGAGGACUCUGGUCCGUCUGAUCGGGAGCAGCAGGAUGCCCCGAAACCUGGGAGAUUGGAGCUCCGAGAGGACUGGCUGGCUGCUCACCCUACGCUCACAAGGAUGAUGUCAUUGGAUGUCGCAGACAGCGGCCGUGUGUAUGCCGCUUUCUUAGUAUACUUGGACCUCUUAGAAGCUAGAAACUGGCAUGAGGUCUCCUAUGUUGGGCUAGCAGAAUUCCAGCUCGUAUGUCUUCACGGGCGCGAGAGAGAAGGUGAUGAUUUACAAGUGGUGGUGCCAACUCCAGCCCACGUGCCAUUCAGCCACGAGAGGAUGAGGCAGAUCAUGAAGAGAACGCACACGGUGUCCGAUUCCCCAAUGUCCAUCACGCUGGCUAUAGUUGAAUCAGAUUCAACAAUAGUCUACUAUAAGCUGACGGACGGUUUUGUCAUGCCCGACCCUCCUGACGAUACCGAAGACGUGGACAAUAAACAGUGUAGGAAAAAAAGAAAGAGGCUUUUGAGAUGAGAGAGCCCCAGCCAGUCUAAAAAUGUGUUAUAUAUGUGAAUGGGAAACGGUGCAUUAGGGUUCAACAUCUGCUUUGCAAAUCCUUGCUAAGUCUUGAGAACGGGCAAGACAUUGGAAAUGCAUAUUUUGCAAAUAAAAAAAUGGGACAUCAAAGAGGUCAUGGACCAGUUCAAGAAUCUGUCCUCUCCUCCUCAUUAAGUCUAGGCGGGUGAGGUUGUAUUUGCAGACAAGUUCC